CUCGUGUUUGCAUCAGGCUAUGUAAACACACACAAAAAGUUAUYUAUUGCUUAUAUAAAUAUAUGUGUAUUUUUCAGGUUAAAAAAAGAGAAGAGAUUAGCGGCUGUAGUGUAUGUACAGCGCGACUGUUACACACCUUCAGAUCGGGAAAAUUAUGUGAAGGAAUUGAUGAAGCAUCUUACAAUCGACUCCUAUGGCCCAUGUCUUAACAAUAAAGAUAUGCCUGAUGAAAUUAAUGGUUUUAUUAAGCUUCACAGCCCAAGGUUUUAUGCAUUUCUAGCCCAAUAUAAAUUCCACAUAGCUUUUGAGAAUGCCAUUUGUAACGACUAUAUGACAGAGAAAUUGUUCCGUCCAAUUGAAGUUGGUUCUGUUCCGAUCUACAUGGGCUCACCCCUUGCUAGAGACUGGAUGCCUAAUAACAAGAGUGCAAUAUUUGUGGACAGUUUUCAAACUCCUGAGGAUCUAGCUGAUUAUAUCAAGUAUCUGGACUCUAAUGAUGAGGCAUACUUAGAAUACCUAGAUUACAAGAAACCAGGAGGAAUAACAAAUGACUAUUUACUGAAUGUCAUCAAAAACCGCCAAUGGCGCGUUCUUGGCGAAUGGGACAAAGUGAACUUUGGUCAUCGUAUGUAUGCAGGUUUUGAAUGUUACUUGUGUGAUCAUAUGAUUGAGCGUGACGAGGUUUUGAAGGCUCAUGAGAUUAAUCCUGAUAAAGUUUUGUCCCCUCUACCAAAGAUAGGCAAGCGAGAUCAUCUUGAGUGCCCUGAGCCAGUGAUGUCAACUGAAUAUAAGGUUAACAAGAGUAAAAAUUAUUGGGAAGGCUAUAGAGAAGCAAUAGCUUUUAGAAAAAUGCUUGAAGCACAUGAAACAGAUUCGAGAAAAUUUCCAUCAAAAUAUCUAAAGGAAAAAACAGACAAAUACCCUUAACUCAGGGUUUCAAAAGGUAACUCCCAGUCAGCACAUGCGAGCACCUGCAUACUGUACAUUAAAUAGUGGAAAAAACUUUUGAUUUUUAUUGCACGCAAAUAUAUUUCACUUAAUCGAAGAAGAAAAAAUCCGUCGAUUGAAUCGUAUGAAAUGGUAUCUACAUAUUAAAGAAAUAGAAAAUAGAAAACGGUUCGAAUUCAUUAGCGGUGUAGAURACAGAACAGAAUGAGAUGUAAGGUCUUGAGCGAGGCACGGCGAGGUGGUACAGUUGGGAAAAACCCGUAGUCAUUAUAAGCUGAUCUUCGUGUGGGUAAUUCAUUCAAAAUUCAUUUAUGCAGGACUUGUUAUGUUGCUACCUACAUUUUGAAAUCGCGCCGCGCACAUGAUAAAUCCUAGCUUUGGCCAAGCUGCUACACAGUAUGUAAAUACAUGCUUUUUAUAUGGGAACAGGAGCGUCUAAUGUUCAAUGUGGGAUACUUCAAGCUUUUCGUUCCGACCACUGUGCACGCAUGUGCAGGCAUACUCCCUAACAAAACAUUAGAAAAAGGCCACGAUGUAAUAUAAAAAUUAGGUAGAACCUAAUAGCGGAGCUCCCAAAAGACAUGCACGUUGGAUAUAAAGAUAGGAUGUAAGACACAUUGGUCAGACUACACAUUGUUAAGACUAAUAUAUUUUUGCUAACAAAAAAACUUUCAUGGCACUACAUUGAAUAUUAUAACUCUAAUCCUCUUCAGCUUUGUCGAUGCAAAGCAGUGAUAUAUAUAAUAUUGUAAAUGUGUGUACACAAUCAUUUUGAAUUCUUGUAAUAUUUGUGUGCAUUCUGAUAGUGAACAAUUUAUUAUGAAGAGUACACCAUGUAUAAUGUUACUAAUCUUUCUAUUAAAAACAUAAUUUAGAUUAUUUACGAAAUAAAACUUCCUUA